UUGUGUACGAACUAAGACUCGCCGGCUCACAUGUACCGUGCUACUUGUUUUUAGUGGUCGCGUUCGACUCAGUCGCUCAUUCCUUCCUCUCCGCACGAUCGCAUCUCACUUCCAUCACUCAUUCACAUCUGGUCUCGGAACAGCAUCGCCCUCAACGCGAAGCACUGCACUGACAGUGCCCCACCCAUUCCUUCGAUUACUACCGAACAACAAAUAUAUAUAUAUAUAUUAUAUAAAUACUCUCCUCAACUGCAGGGCAGCCCAUCGACGUUGACCGUCUCCCUCGACUCCUAGCGAGCUUCAGCCGGGUGCUUUGGUUCUUACUCUCCGCGAGAGUAUCAAUAUUACACCAAUCUUUAAUCUUCAACGCACGCCGGUCCUGCCCUUCUCUACGAUGCCGCCUUCGUUCACCAUGUUGCCCAAACACCUUAUUGCCGCAUGGGCAUUUUUCACAUUCUGCUUGAUGGGUGCAGGCAUCCUAACUCUCGUUCUUUCCCUUGUCUGGCGUCAACCCAAUCUCCUUCGCAACCUCACCUUCAGUACCUUUGAUCUCACUGCGGGCAGCGUUCUGGGCAUUAUUUUACUGGUGACAUCUGUACUGUCCAUCGUUCUGAUUAUCCCACGUGGAAAACGGCCACUCGUUUUCCUCAACUGGUUACUAUUGUUGGAUGGUGUCGCCAUCCUUUUUGUUGCCACGUUCAUCUGGAUAUACACGCUGCAUGAACGCAACAACUAUCAUGCAGUUUUCGGGCGGCAGAGUGAUGCGACGAAGAUUAUGGUCCAGGAUUCGCUGAUGUGCUGCGGGUAUUUCAAUCCGACGGAUGAAGUUGCCUUCGGUGGCAAUUUCUGCCCUGAUCAGGCCGCAGCAAUUGCUGCUAAUAGUUUUUGCGUGACUCCGAUCGUCCAGCAUGUGGACAAGACACUGAACAACGUCUUCAGUACUAUCUAUGGUUUCAUGGCAAUUGUUAUCGGACUCUUCCUCUCUAGCAUGUGCAUCAUCAAACAGAGACAAGAAUUUGAGAGAUUCGAAAAGAUAGACACCAAACGCGCAAGUCGUUUUGUAUGAGUCAAUUCGUUCAAAUUUCGUUGAGCCUGGUUGCUCCACCUUCGACAUUCUUAGUUUACACCAUGGGAAGGGCUAUCUUACUUCAGCUCUCGUUGCUUUUGUUAAGGAAAUGGAAUGUUCAUCUGCAUUGUAUCUUACUGUAUUUGUUAUAUUUUCAUGUCUUGUCUCCAUAGCGGGCAAUUACGGUAGCAGUUGUGUUUCAAACAAGGCAAUUCCACGUUCCAUGCUAAGUUCAUUGGCCU